CACCUUCGUUUUUACAGGGAAUAACGAGAAGAAGAAAGACGAGAAAACCCAAAAAAUAGAGAAAUUGCCCCCCAGGAAAAAAAAAAUCUCGAAUAUGAUAGAGAAAGGAACGAGCUUGAGCUUCCAUGACCAAAGGGGAAUCGAAGCCAUCAGAAAAAUAACUCAUCUUUGCCGUAAGAUUCUUCACCUAGACCUGCAAUUGAACAUCUCCCACCGGCUCACCUUCUUCCGGCGAUUUUUUCGGUUCAUUUGGGAUAAGAUUCUUGCUUGCUACCCUGGGAAGUCCUUCAGUUACCGGCGAUUGCAGCGUAACUUGUCUUCCAUCUCUCCUGCUAAUAUCGAGUGCGGUUUACCGUCCGGCGACCUCACCUCUACCUCUUGGAAUUUCGAUAUGGAAUCCGAUUCGGUGACGCUGAAGAUCAGUAUUUUGGGCGAUUGUCACAUUGGCAAAACUAGUUUCGUUGUUAAGUAUGUAGGAGAUGAACAAGAACAGAGGUGCUUGCAGAUGUCAGGAUUGAAUUUAAUGGAUAAAGUAUUUUCAGUUAAAGGAGCAAAAAUUGCUUUUAGUAUUUGGGAUGUAGGAGGAGAUCAUUCUUCUCUUAAUCAUGUUCCCAUCGCCUGUAAAGAUGCUGUAGCCAUCUUGGUCAUGUUCGAUCUCACAAGUCGAUGUACACUAAACAGCGUUCUUGGGUGGUAUCAGCAAGCGAGAAAGUGGAAUCAGACGGCGAUUCCGAUACUAAUCGGAACCAAAUUUGAUGAUUUCGUGCGACUUCCUCUUGAUAUGCAAUGGACAAUCGUUACCCAGGCAAGGGCAUACGCGCAAGCCAUGAAGGCGACACUCUUCUUCUCAAGUGCGACGCAUAACAUUAAUGUGAACAAGAUCUUCAAAUUCAUCACUGCCAAGCUUUUCAACUUGCCAUGGACAGUACAGAGGAAUCUGACUGUCGGAGAACCCAUCAUCGACUUCUGAGUUUUCUGAGAAGGUGAAUGGGUCUUCUUUGUGUAUUAUUAUCAUUGCACUUCUUUCUCAAGGGAGGCAGGCAAUCCAUUAAAUGAAAUGUAAUCAAACAUGUACAUAGCAAUAUGACUCUGUAACU